AUGAAUGAUGAUGAGGGCAAGAGUUUAGAAUUUGACCUAAAUAUAGGAGAUUAUAGCUGUUGGCACAUGGACAGCAGUGACAAUGGGCAAGAGAAUCAAUCGAUGCAGCAUUUCGAAGGAUUGAGCAAUGAGCGGAGAGAAGAUUAUAUUGUGGAUGACAUGGAUGUUGGCGAAGUAAUGAAUAUGAGUUUUGAAAGUGAAGAGCAUGCAUACGAGUUCUACAACCUGUAUGGCAAAAUAUCCGGAUUUAGCGUUAGGAAGGCAGAUGUAACUAAGAAAGAUGACGGAACAGCCAAGUACAGAAAAUUUGUCUGCUCCAGGGAGGGUAAAAGACACAAGAAAUGGAAAAGUCAUGUUAACAGGUUUAGGCAACCUAAAGCAGAGACUAGGAUGCUUUGCCCUGCUUGCUUGCGUAUUAAGUAUGAGAAGAGCUUGAAUAAAUAUGUGGUAACUGAGUUUGUGAAGGAGCACAACCAUAAAAUGGCAACAAAAUCAUCUAUCAAAUACCUAAGAUCACACCGAAAGGUCACAGAUGCUGAUUAUGCCCAAGCAAGUACAAUGAGAAUGGCUGGUGCGAAAACAAGCCAAAUUAUGAAAUAUUUUGCAAUGCAGUGUGGAGGGUAUGGGAAUAUAGGAUUUGUUUUAAAGGACCUGUAUAAUCGCGUUGAGCUAGAAGAGAAAAAGGAAACAACUAAUGGGGAUGCAGAAGGAGCUAUUGGUUACUUUACAGGUCGAACAGCAACAGACCCAACGUUUUAUUUUGAGUAUAAGGUGGAUAUAGAAGGAAGGCUAGAGAACAUUUUCUGGAUGGAUUCAGUGGGUCAAAUGGAUUACAAAGCAUUUGGAGACGUGCUUGUUUUUGACUCAACAUAUAACACAAAUGAGUAUCACAAACCAUUGGUUGUUCUUGCCGGGGUGAACAACCACUUUGGCACUAUUAUUUUUGGAUCAGCAUUGCUUUCAGAAGAGACUACGGAAGCAUAUGAAUGGAUUUUAGGUACCCUCGUUAAGGCUAAUGGAGGUAAGAAACCAAUUUCAGUCAUCACAGACGGCGACAAGUCAAUGCGCCGAGCAAUUGAGAAUGUAUUGCCGAAUGCAAGACACCGCCUAUGCACCUUUCAUCUAAAAAGAAAUGCGGAGACUGGAACAAAUAAAUGUAGCAUGUUUACUUCAAUGUUUGCUAAAUUUAUGAAGAAAGCAAUUCCUAUGGAGGAGUUCGAGGAAGAAUGGCAUGCAGUUGUAGCAAGUUGUGGACUAGAUGGGAAUGGCUGGGUCAAGAAGAUGUAUGCAAAGAGAUCAUUAUGGGCGGAGACAUUGCUUAGAGAAUGUUUUUUUGCUGGAAUGAGAAGCACACAGCGGUGUGAGCAAAUGAAUGCCUUCUUGAAGAGGUAUAUCAAACCUAAUAUGAGAAUGUACCAAUUUGUUAAAAUUCAUGCAUUGGCCUUAGACUUUUUGAGGGAGAAGGAGUCAAAGGCACGUCAUGAAACAGAAGAUACAUUUCUAAUGCUGUCUACCGAAUUGCAUGCAUUGGAACAACAUGCAGCUGAAACUUAUACCAGGAAUAUUUUUGUCAAUGUUAGAAAGCAUUUGGGAAGGCAAGGACUGUAUGAUUGCUUCAAGAGAGAAAAUACAGGAUCCGGAUGUUUAUUUUAUCUUGCCAAAUAUCGGGACUCGAGGACUUGGGUUGUGGAGAUGGACAAGGAAACUCGUCAAAUGAAGUGUUCAUGCAAGAAGUUUGAGUGGAAAGGAUUACCAUGUGCUCACAUGUUCCGGGUUAUGGUAAUGGAAAAUUUGCAGAAAAUUCCACGAACUUGCAUAAUGAAAAGGUGGACCAAGAACGCUAAAGAAGACAUAGAUGUUGGGGGAAGCCUUGGAACAGAGAGGCUAUAUGAUGAAAUGCAACAGAUAGCUAGGUACGGGACACUGAUGACAGAUUGCAAAGGUAUGUGCUUUUAUGCCUCACAUAUGGGGGACGGGUAUGAAGCAGUAAGAGCAGUGAUCCAUAAGGAAACUGAAAAAUGGAAGGAGACCUUUGUUCAGCGUGGAAUUGGGUCACAGAGAGGUGAUGGUCCAUCUCAACUUCGAACACAAGCGCCACGUACUGCAAUUCGAGAUCCUGUGAGAACCAUAGCCAAGGGUGAUCAUCGAAACAAAGACAAGAACAAGCAUGUCAAGUGUGGCAACUGCGGACGUCGAGAUGGACACAACAAGAGGACGUGUCAAAAGGGUGGCAAUGGUCCUGAAGUUGUAUGGGCAACUCAUGGGUCUUAUGAGCAUAACAGAAUUCCCACAGUAUUGGUCUCAGGAUAUCCAGCCAGCAAUGAACCAUUCGAUGGACGAGUAUUGGGUGGAAGUAAUAGUCAUGGAAUAUGGGAUGAAGCUUCGUCAGAUGCAUUGGGAGGAUCAAGAGCUUGUGAUCAUGCUAAUCAGUACCCAGCAGGAACUUCUAAUUCCCGAGAAUCAUGGGCGGUGCAGCAGCAUAUGCAAUUGAGUCAAUCAGCCUAUUUUUUCCACAAUCAAGAAGCUGCGUAUUACUGUAACACAGAACAAGGUGGAACCCAUCAGGGGUAUGAAAUUGACCAAAAUGGAUCGCAGCAGCACUCCAAUGCCUUUUCUCAUAGUUUUAAUUGGUUGUAA